AUGGGGCGGGGGUGGACGGCCACGGGGCCGCCGGAGCGGGAUCCCGGCGCGAGCUGCUGGGUGGAGCAGGGCGAGGGCGGGUACCGCCACCACGUCGGGGACGGCGCCACCAUCCUCCUCCCCGAGCUCCAGCGCAGCCCCAACCCCAGCUCCAAGUCCUCCAGCAGCCUCAGCGCCUGCGCCACCUUGAUGCCGCCGCUCGCCGCCGCGCAUGGAGGAGUAGCGGUCCCGUUUGGCAUGGCGCUGCCGGGGGUGACGACGACGGCGGACGACGCCCGGUUCUGCAUGCCGUGGGCGGCGGCGGCGCCGGCCGCGGCGCACUUCGAGAACUGGGGCGACUCCGGCAUCGUCGUCACGAGCCCGCUCGCCGAGACGGCCUCCACCGACGUCGACGACGUCAGCGGCGGCAACCACCACCACGACGCGCAGAUGGGUGGAGCCAUCACGCAGAGCGUCGACGGACACGAGAACUCAUUGCCGGUGUGCAAGGCGCAGAGGAGGCUUGCGCAAAACCGCGAGGCGGCCCGGAAAAGCCGGAUGAGGAAGAAGGCAUACAUUUUGGAGCUGGAGAACAGCCGGUCCAAGCUGGCUCACCUUGAGCAGGAGCUUCAAAGAGCAAGGCAGCAGGGGAUGUUCAUUGCAAGUGGACGCUCCGGGGAUCAUGGCGGUUCCACCGGAGGCGCGUUGGCGUUCGAUCUGGAGUACGCGCGGUGGCUGGACGAGCACCAGCACCACAUGAACGACCUCCGGGUGGCCCUGAGCGCGCAGAUCGGUGACGACGACCUGGGCGUGCUGGUGGACGGCGUGAUGCUGCACUACGACGAGAUGUUCCGGCUCAAGGGCGUGGCCACCAGGACGGACGUGUUCCACGUGCUGUCGGGCAUGUGGAUGAGCCCCGCGGAGCGUUUCUUCAUGUGGCUGGGCGGGUUCCGGUCGUCGGAGCUGCUCAAGGUGGUGGCGCGGCAGGUGGAGCCGCAGCUGACGGAGCAGCAGCUGGUGGGCAUCUGCAGCCUGCAGCAGUCGCUGCAGCAGGCCGAGGACGCGCUGUCGCAGGGGAUGGAGGCCCUGCAGCAGGCCCUCGGGGACACGCUCGCCGCCGCCGCCGCCCCGGCGCCCGGCCCGGCCGCGUCCGCCGCCGACAGCGUCACCAACUACAUGGGCCAGAUGGCCGUCGCCAUGAGCAAGCUCGCCACCGUGGAGAACUUCCUCCGCCAGGCCGACCUGCUGCGGCAGCAGACGCUGAAGCAGGUGCACCGGAUCCUGACGACGCGCCAGGCCGCGCGCGCGCUGCUCGUCGUCAGCGACUACUUCUCGCGGCUCCGCGCGCUCAGCUCCCUGUGGCUGACGCGCCCGACGGAUUGA